AUGGAGCUGGCGGGCACCAGACCUGGGGCGACAGAGCAUCCGCGACCCCCUGCGCCCUUGCCCUGGCUGUUGUUUCUGUCUUUUCGGCUGCUGCUGGUGCUGCUGCCAAGCCCAGCGGCCUCCCAGCUACGAUACUCGGUGCCGGAGGAGCAGAGCCCGGGCGCGCUCGUGGGCAACGUGGCCAGAGCCUUGGGGCUGGAACUGCGGCGCUUGGGACCCGGCUGCCUGCGCAUCAACCAUCUGGGUGCGCCCAGCCCGCGCUACCUGGAACUGGACUUGACAAACGGAGCGCUCUUCGUCAACGAGCGCAUCGAUCGCGAGGCACUGUGCGAGCAGCGGCCUCGUUGCCUGCUUAGCUUGGAAGUGCUGGCGCACAACCCGGUGGCAGUGAGUUCUAUCCAGGUGGAGAUACUGGACAUCAAUGAUAACUCGCCGCGCUUCCCGCGGCCGGACUACCAGCUUCAGGUAAGCGAGUCUGUGGCACCUGGAGCGCGGUUUCACAUUGAGAGCGCACAGGACCCCGACGUUGGCGCCAACUCAGUGCAGACCUAUGAGCUCAGCCCCAGCGAACAUUUUGAGCUGGACCUUAAACCCCUGCAGGAGAAUAGCAAGGUGCUGGAGCUCGUGCUGCGGAAGGGCCUAGACCGAGAGCAGGCAGCCUUGCACCACUUGGUUCUCACUGCGGUGGACGGGGGCAUUCCACCUCGCUCAGGCACGGCUCAGAUCUCUGUUCGCGUCCUGGACACUAAUGACAAUUCUCCUGCUUUUGAUCAAUCUACUUACCGUGUCCAGCUGCGGGAGGACGCUCCCCCAGGCACAUUGGUAGUGAAGUUGAAUGCUUCGGAUCCGGAUGAGGGUUCUAACGGUGAACUCAGGUACUCCUUGAGCAGCUACACAUCUGACCGGGAGAGACAACUUUUCAGCAUAGAUGCCAUUACAGGGGAAGUCAGAGUAAGUGGGACUCUGGAUUAUGAGGAGUCUUCCUCUUACCAGAUCUAUGUGCAAGCGACUGACCGGGGACCAGUACCCAUGGCCGGUCACUGCAAAGUGUUGGUGGACAUUAUGGAUGUGAACGACAACGCUCCCGAGGUGGUCCUCACAGACUUGUACAGCCCAGUGCCUGAGGAUGUUGCUCUCAACACUGUUGUGGCCCUUCUCAGUGUGAAUGACCAAGAUUCGGGCUCCAACCGGAAAGUGAGCCUGGGUCUGGAGGCUACACUGCCUUUCCGGCUCAAUGGCUUUGGAAACUCCUAUACACUCGUGGUGAGUGGCCCACUGGAUCGGGAGCGUGUAGCUGCCUACAACAUCACAGUGACAGCCACUGAUGGGGGAACUCCACCACUCACCUCUCAAAAGACACUGCAGAUUGAGAUCUCUGACAUCAAUGACAAUCCGCCGAGCUUUCUGAAGGACUCCUAUUCUAUCUACAUCCAGGAAAACAAUUUGCCGGGUGUGUUGCUUUGCACGGUGCAAGCCACAGACCCAGAUCAAAAGGAGAACGCAGAGGUGACUUACUCACUCCUAGACAGGGAGAUCCAAGGGCUGCCAGUCACCUCCUAUGUCUCCAUUAACAGUGCCAGUGGCAGCCUUUAUGCUGUCAACUCCUUUGACUAUGAGAAAUUUCGAGAGUUUUUUGUGACCGUGGAGGCCCAGGACAAGGGGAGGCCACCACUAAGUAGCACUGUGACCGCCAAUGUGUAUGUGGUGGACGUGAAUGACCACGCCCCUCAUAUUCUAUACCCUACCUCAACUAAUUCAUCAGCAGCCAUUGAGAUGGUGCCUCGGACUGCCCCUGCUGGCUACCUGGUCACCAAAGUCAUAGCCAUGGAUUCAGACUCUGGGCAGAACGCUUGGCUCUUCUACCAUUUAGUCCCAACUUCUGACUCAGACCUCUUUAAAGUAGAACUUCACACUGGAGAAAUUAGGAUUACCAGAAAGAUAGGAGAUGAGAGUGGUACCACUUUCAACCUGACUGUGGUGGUUCGCGACAAUGGAGAGCCACCUCUAUCAGCUACUGUGGCCAUUACAGUAGCUGUGGUGGACAGGGUUUCUAAAAUGCUCCCGGACACUCAGAGACAUAUAAAGAGUGCUCGGACAUACUCUGAAAUCACACUUUAUCUGAUAAUAGCAUUAAGCACAGUGUCUUUUAUAUUCCUCUUGACAAUCAUUGUUUUGAGCAUCAUCAAGUGCUACCGCUACACUGCCUAUGGCACGGCAUGCUGCGGAGGCUUCUGUGGAGUGAGGGAGCGGUCCCCGGCAGAACUGUACAAACAGGCCAAUAACAAUAUUGACGCCAGAAUACCACACGGCCUCAAAGUACAGCCUCACUUCAUUGAAGUUCGAGGCAAUGGCUCCCUCACCAAGACCUACUGCUACAAAGCCUGCCUGACAGCAGGCUCAGGGAGUGACACUUUCAUGUUUUACAACACAGGGGCCCAGACAGGGCCAGGGCCUGGGGGAGCCCAAGCCUCCGUGACUGACAACAGGCAUCUCACAGGCCAAAGUGGGCAGAGUGCCGGGAACCUGAUUAUCCUAAAAAAUGAGGCUGUCUCUCAAAAUGAGCCCCGACAGCCCAACCCUGACUGGCGUUACUCUGCCUCGCUGAGAGCAGGCAUGCACAGCUCUGUGCACCUGGAGGAGGCGGGCAUUCUUCGGGCUGGCCCAGGAGGGCCUGAUCAGCAGUGGCCAACAGUAUCCAGUGCAACACCAGAACCUGAGGCAGGAGAGGUGUCCCCUCCGGUGGGUGCUGGUGUCAACAGCAACAGCUGGACCUUUAAAUACGGACCAGGCAACCCCAAACAGCCCGGUCCCGGUGAGUUGCCAGACAAAUUCAUUAUCCCAGGAUCUCCUGCAAUCAUCUCCAUCCGGCAGGAGCCUGCUAACAACCAAAUUGACAAAAGCGACUUUAUAACCUUCGGCAAAAAGGAAGAGACCAAGAAAAAGAAGAAAAAGAAGAAGGGUAACAAGGCCCAGGAGAAAAAAGAGAAAGGGAACAGCACGACCGACAACAGUGACCAGUGA